CACAACGAGCAUUUUCCCGCGCACUAUAAAGUUCCCCCUCUGUUACUUUUUCUUUUAAAACAGAUCCUAUGGCGGGGUGCUGUACUAUUGGAACCUUAUGAAAAGCAAUUUAAGAUUCUAGCUUCAAUGUCGACAAUGGCGAAGCUGCUUUGAAGAUGCAGACCGAACACAAAUUGGAAAGUUGGAAGAAAUCUCUUUUUAAUCCUCUAGCCAUGUUAGAAAUCUGCAUUUCCUUUUUCAGUCUCGCUCAGAAAAAUAUAGGGCAAGACUGUACCGUCGGAGCAUUUGAAGCCAUUAAAACCACUAGCCCAGUACGAAACCCUACGCUUAGAUUAAAUGGAUGAAUUCAAAGCUUACGAGCCUCCAAUAGAGAAAAUUUCAUUGGAGAAUAGGAGAUAUCAUGUAUUUCUCAAUUUCCGCGGUAAGGACACAAGGAAAAGCCUGGUGGCUUACCUGUUCGAAUUGCUCAGUGCUGCAGGCCUUCAUGUUUUUAUGGACAGCAAGAGAAUACGCAAGGGAGAUGUCAUUUGUUCGCAAUUGGAGCAGGCUAUUGAGGAAGCGGUUAUUCACAUUCCUAUAUUUUCCCCAAAUUAUGUUGAAUCGCGGUGGUGCCUCCGGGAGCUUACACAGAUGUUAAAAUCCAAAGGGCUGGUCAUUCCUUUGUUUUACGGUGUGGAACCCGCAGAUGUCAAAUAUGCGGAAAACCGUAUUAUGUAUAGGGAGGCUUUUAAGCUUCACAGAGAAAAGGGCAGAGAGGAAGAGAAAACUAUCAAUGAGUGGAGCGAUACUCUGUCUCAGGUCGGAUCUUUUUCGGGAUGGACUACACAGGCAUCGAACCCGAAUGAAAUCAAAUUCAUUCGGGGUGUGGUGUCGGAUGUUCUAAAAACAUUGAAAAUUGCUCAACUGGGCGUGCCGAGAUUUGCCGUGGGACUGAAAGAGCGUAUGGAUGGCGUCAUUAAGUUGUUGAAGAUGGAUGACAAGCAGAAAGUAAUUACAGUUGGGAUAUGGGGUGCGCAUGGCGCCGGAAAAUCCACCGUGGCUAGGGCAGUUUACAAUAGCAUUUGCGGGAAUUUCAAAGUUUUUACCUUUGUGUCUGAUAUCGCGGGCAACCGGCUGCGUAAAUUGCAGAAACAGCUGCUGAGAGAUCUGUUGAAAUGGAAUCCUGAGGAAUGUAAGAUUAACGAUGAGCAUCAUGGUAAAGCUAAACUGGAAGAGCAUUUGCAGAAUAUCUGUGCCCUUGUAAUUUUGGAUAAUGUUGAUAAUAGGAAGCAGAUUGAAAUGUUGGGCGUAGAGUGGCUUGGUGAAGGCAGCAGGGUCAUUGUUACUACCCGCGACAAGAGUAUCUUAAAUUUUGGGGAAAAUGAAGGAAGCGAAGCUGAUGAUCAAAUUUAUGCUAUCCCGGAACUCAGAAAAGAGGAAUCUCUUCAAUUGUUCAGCUGGCACGCCUUUCUCAAACCAUAUCCGGAUAAAAAAUAUAAAUUUUUAGCCCAAGGAAUUGUGGAUGCUUGUGGCGCCCUCCCGUCUUCUUUGGAAAUUCUUGGGCGGUUUUUGUGCGGGAGAAAAGAUUUCAGGUGUUGGACUGAGGUUCUGGACCAGCUUCAGAGUGCCACUUUUGAUGAAAUAUACAGGCCACUCAAAGUCAUCUACCAAGAUCUCAACGCCAAGGAAAAACAAAUAUUACUAGACAUUGCAUGUUUUUUCAUGGGCCAUGACCAGGAAGCUGCUAUUAGUUUUUGGGAAGAUAUAAAGCUGAAUCCCCAUAUAAACCUGAAGAAUCUAGUUUUGAAGUCACUUGUCAAAAUAGAUUAUAAGGAGGCGGUAAUUUCAAUGCAUGAUCAUCUGAGGGAUUUGGGGCGAGCAAUUGUAGUGGAUGAAUCUUGGGAUCCGUCCAAACGCAGCCGCCUGUGGAAAUCCGAAGAAGCUUCUCAAGUUCUCCUUGAACGGCCGGGCUACGAAAGCAUCCAGAGUAUUUCCUUGUUAGCCGUAGAGGAGAGUCUUGCUGUCUUGAAAGCCGAAAAUAUAGCGUCAACGAAAAAAUUGCAACUGCUUUGGCUGGGUAACAACACCAUAGAAGGAGAUCCGCAACCAUUAUUUUCGAAUUUGAGAUGGUUUAGAUGGAAUUCAUGUCCAUUGAGUUCUUUGCCGCCCAAAUGGAACAUGGAACAUCUGGUUAUACUAGAUCUCAGCAGCAGCAGGGGAAUUCCAUCUCAAAUAAAACAAAUCUGGAAAGAAGAAUCAAAAUACAAGCACCACCCCAAAAAUCUAAAAGUUCUUCUGCUGAGGCGAUGUCUCCUCCUUGAAACAUUGCCCGAUCUCUCAAACUUUUCUCGUCUUUUGAGAAUCGAUUUGGAAGAUUGUCCAGAAUUGAGAAAGAUACCCGAAUCGAUUGGUCUUCUUCUGCAACUAAAAUGGUUGAACUUGUGUAGAUGCAAAGAUUUAGGAGAACUUCCAGAGAGCAUCGGUAGCCUAUCUUCGCUGGAAAAGCUUUAUCUGAAUGGUUGCUCCUCAAUUAGAACGUUGCCAAGAACGUUGGGGAAUCUCAGAGCCCUAAAGGAAUUAGAUCUAGGCGGUCUAGUACUGAUAGAGGAACUGCCCCCUUUUCAAACAGGCUGCUGUCUGCAGAAGCUCGUUCUAAGCGGCUGUCGAAGUUUAAGAGAUUUGCCUGCAUCAAUUGGUGACCUUAAUCACCUCAGCUACCUAGAAAUUAAUGAAUGCAGAACUAUUUCUUAUUUGCCAGAAGAAUUUGGGAAUCUUACAAGCCUGGAGGGAUUGUUUCUGAAUGAGUUUUGCCGUCUGGAAAAUCUUCCUGAAAGUUUUGGGAACCUUACGAAUCUUGUAACCCUUGAACUCAAGAAAGCUUAUUGCCUUACUAAACUCCCAGAGAGUUUCUCCAAACUGGAGUCAUUGGUGUAUUUCGAUGCAAGCUUUUCUCAUCUGUAUGGUCUUCCCGCAAGAAUGGGUGAUCUCUCUUCAUUGCAGACUCUCAAAUUGCAAGGUACUUUCAUCGAGGGAUUGCCUAACUCUUUGAAGCAGCUGAAAAUGCUCCAAACACUAAUCCUCAAUGAAUGCAACAUGUUAACCGAAUUGCCAGCUCUUCCUGAAGCACUCAUCAAGUUUCAAGCUCGGGAUUGUAAAGAACUAAGGAAGGUCGACCAAAUGUCGGGUUUGAGCAACCUAACAGUGAUGGAUUUGAGGAACUGCCAAUGCCUAGAGGAACUGCCUAUAUUAAGCUCUAUGGAAUCUUUAGCAAAGAUAGACAUACGUGGGUGCAUAAGCAUGAAAAAUCUUGCAGACUUGCGUUUAGGAAGGCUGAGAAGUUUGCAGACAGUAUACUUGAGCAGGUCCGAUAGCAGUUGCUUUAAUCUGAGACAGGUUGUGGAGGAUAUGCCAUUAUUUCGGAGAUCAAAUGCACUAGAAGAGGAGAAUCGCGCAUUAGAAGCGAAUUGCUUCAAAGAUGUGGUCUCGUUUCCUGUGGAAAAGAAUCCCAGAUGUGAAGGGGUGCUGCUAUUUUUUCAGCUGGAAUUUAAUGCUAGGGGUAUCAAAAGUGCCUGCAUGGAAAUCAUCUUUGUGAUAGACGAGGAAGAGACUAUAAAUAGUCUCACAGUGGAUACUGAAGGAGAGGAGGAAUUUAUCUUGAUUUUUAGAGCAACACAUGAAAUGGUCGUGGCUUUGGAGAAGGCUCGAAAUCUCUGCGUCCGAGCAAAAGGGGAAGGAAUCUGUAUCAGAUUUGUGGAGUUACGUGUAAGCAAUAAAUUUCAAGAAGCAGUUUCUGAAGAAAACAGGGGGGCAGAUCAUGGCUCGAGUGAAGGGGAAAGGUAGAGAAGAGAUUUGACGACGAGCAUUCUUCUUCUCCUCGAUAGUAUUUUCAUCCGGCCAAUCUAAAUGACUGUAAUGUUUUUGGAAUGCCUAGCUGAAUUGCGAACAGCACAGGGCUACGCAUAAUAAAAUGGAGUAUUGAUGAAACCAUUGGAUCUACAAUCCGGGUCGUCUCCUCCAGAUACCAGGUGGAUUCCGCGUAGCACUUGGGAAAUAUGGGAAUGCUGAUUGUCGCUUCAAUGGCCUCCUGCAAGCUGGAGUCGAUGUCUUUGCCUUUCUCCAGUUUUUUUCGCUGUACAGGUUAAAACAACACAUUUUAAAUUUUGUGAUUCAUCUUAAAUUAUAAAAUUCAUUUAUCAGUAUGAUUUGAUACGAAUCAUUUAAACAAAUCAUAACUUUGAAUGUACCGAGACCUCCUAAAUCUUGUUACAGAAAGAUUUCUGUAACAUGGUCAACUAAAUUUUUUCUCACUUAUUCUCCAAAAAGGCUGAGAAACAUAAGAAACACAUUUUUUCUUCUCCAAAAAGGCUGAGGAGAAACACAUUCUAAAGAGUCUUUCUUCUAAUUAUUCCAUGGUAGCAUGAGAUGCUUCUCACCUGCUGCCAUAGGUUAUGCCUCUCUUCCUAAUUACUGAUUUCUUAAAGCCAUAAAUAUUUGGCCCAUUUUCACCAAAGAAUGAAGAUGAAUCCGCCGCAUGUUAAUUCUUUCGCAUUCCUUGUUCUUCCCUACAAUUGAUUAAAUAUGAGAGUCACCAUUCAGCAAUGCGGCAGAACUCUCUUUCCUUUUUAUGAAAGAGAUUAUAUUAAUGUUUUUUAUCAUCUGAUUAAAAGGAAUCAAUAACCGAUAAAUCUUUACGUCACUAAGCAAUACAGUUGACGUUCUCUGUAGAUGGGGAAGGGUUUAAAGAGCCAGGAUGUCGUGCUUAGUGCUUACAGAUGAUCUCAGACAUUUUACAUUGGGGUGUGGGUAAUCAAGUCAACAGGUCUUUUUUUUGUUUAC